ACGGUGAACCGUUCGUUCGGUGGGAGCAAGUAGUGGUGCACCAGUCAGUCACAUGGUUUCUGGUUACUGCUCACUUCGCCGAAGCCGUACAUGCACCGCAACCUCCCAUGAACACAAUGGUUGACUUGCUACACGAAUCUUUUGAGGUUAAAAUAAACAAAUUUAUUUAGUUUUGAAGACUGUACAUCUUCUUGUGCUCAUGUAAUGUACAAAAAUGUAGCUGUAGUAAUUUUUAAAAGUUUAAUACUGUGAUUGACAUACCAGAGAUAUCUGUCUUUUAUAAGAGUUUGUCUAGUUCAGUGAAAUUGAAAACCAUCUUGAAUAUAAUAAUAUUGUUUGUUUCAAGUCAGAAGGCUAUCUUUUAAUUUAAUAGCUAUGAGCUAUUAUAAUCAAAAUUUCUUUCUUCCAUCAUUGAUCACAUUAGUUGUGUGCAUAGUUUUAAAAUUAAUCUAUGAUAUCAAUAAUGUACCUGCUACGCAACUUGUUAUUGGAAUUAUCAGUGCCCAAGAAAAUUUCAACCAACGUAAAACCUUGAGAGAUACUUGGCUAACCUUAGCUAGUGAAUUGGAUGUCAAAUAUUACUUUGUUAUUGGUAAAGGCUUUUGCCCAAUUCCACUCGAAUAUCGAUCAUCAUAUCUCUCAUGUGAAAAGUGGAAUCCAAACCUGGAAGGUGUUUUUGGCGAAACAGUAUUAAACACAAGUCGUAUAAAAAUCGAAGAUAAAUUUUCAAAGCCAUUUAAGGGCUUCAGUUUCAUAUUGAGCCAUGGAAUAAUCAUCAACAGAAUUGGAAUCAGUUCAAAAGUUCUCAAUUACUGCAAACUGCCGGUUAGAGUCAUUUUGGAAAAUGCUAUUUCUGGACAGAGAGUCGCCACAAGUACUUUCAUCAAUGAUGGGAGGAACACCGAUGAACCACAAGGAGUCAUCUGGAAAAAUAUCCCACCAAUCCACUCACACGAGGGAUUCGAAGGAACAAUCUAUGUUUCCAGUGAUAGUAUCUCAACAUUGGGAUCUUUAAAUUUGAAGACUGAGUUACAUGACAGAACAAAAAUAGUACUAUUUCUUCAGAAUAUUGAUAACAAUGGCACCACUGAAUACUAUGAAGGAAGUGUCAACAUGGUGGCUUUCAGCUAUACAAUAUCGGAUUACUCUGCAUUGAAAAGAAAACUGUCCGAAGAAGAAACCGAAUCGAAUUCGUGGCUUGCUUACACGGAACAAUUGUGGUUGAAAGUCUUGCAAGAGAAAAACCAUUAUAAUGACAUUGUGCUGGUAGAUGUUGUCGAUGUUUACAGAAACCUCCCGAAGAAAAUAAUUGAAUUCUACAAAUGGAUCAAUGCAAAUGUGAAGUUUGUAUAUGCCUUGAAAACGGAUGAUGAUGUUUUCAUCGAUUUGCCCGGGGUGAUGAGAGAACUUUCAAAAGCCAACCAAUGGAAUUGGUGGAGCUGCUUCCGGAUUGGUUGGCCAGUCAGGCGAGCUGGCAAAUGGCGGGAAACUGUUUUGAAUCGAACCGAGUACCCACCAUUUCCGUCUGGAGCCGGUUACGUUGUCGACAGUUUGGUGGUGCAUUUUCUAGUCGACAAUUAUGAAAAUCUAGUAAUGGAUGCACAAGGAGAAGAUGUUUCCAUGGGCAUUUGGCUUGAUGACCUGAAUCUGUUGAGAUUGGAACACAGUGAUGAAUGCAAGUGGGCUUGCUCAAAUAGGUGUGUGGUGGGCAACUGUAAUAUCAUGGAGCUCAGCACCAACCAAAUUCUAUUGGCUUGGCACAACUAUAACAAUUGUGGCUUGAACAUUUGUAAAUGUUGAGCUAUUACCGAAAUUCCAUAUUUUUUCCAUACUGUAACUUAAGGAAUCAUUUGUUAUGAAGUAAUGUUCUCAAUUUCUCGAUGAUUUGAAAAUUGUUAGGUUUCAAGGAAGUUGUUCAACACUAUUGAAGAAUAACAAUGAGACAGACCACUUAGGGGAAGUUAUGUGCAGAAAGCGGUCAGGAGAUCCGAGUUCCACAUUCUUGGGAACUGGAUAAAUGGAAAUAAUUUAUAAAUAGUUUGUAACUAUUGGAUGAGUAGGUAAAAGAGAGAAUGAGAUAGAGAGAAAUAUUUUUAUUCAUUGGUGUCUUCAGUGAUUAGCUCUGUGGUCAUCUUUAUUGAUUAGGUUUAUAAACUUGAUAUCAGUGUUUAUGAGAUAAUUAUUCAUCUGCAUAUGAAGUAAUAUCUUCUAGCCCUUCCUAGAUGCUGAUUCCAAAAGAAUAUAUUUAAAAAUAAUUCAUCUGAUUGCCAGCAAAUUGCAGACACAAACUUUAACAUCACUUCAAACUACCCCAUAGAGUUUUGGGAUUUACACAGUAGAAUAGAAAACAUCACUUCAAACUACCCCAUAGAGUUUUGGGAUUUACACAGUAGAAUAGAAUAGCUUUCUUCAUGUCAAAUCACAAAAGUUGAAUAACUCACAUUGAUUGGCAUCUCCAUAAUACUAUUAUACAAGUAGUACACUCUGUAAUUCAAGAAUAUGAAACUAAAACUAGAAAAUAGUGAAAAAAUUAAAAUGAAAAAAAAAAUGAAUUGAAUUACAUGGCAAAGUUAGGCCAAGUCUUAUACUGACCCUAAAAAGUUGAUGGAUACAUUGAAAACAUUAAUGGAGUUAACCUAGAGUUCUUUAUGGAGACAAUGAGAUGUGCAAGGGACCUAAAGGAGUAUUCUAGGAGAAGUAGGCUUCCCUACCUCUGCAAUCAGCCACAGGAUGUGGAAAGGUUUCUUAGCACAUUCCUAAAUCACCUGCACCAGCUGAAUCCGGUGUAUCCACAAAAAUAUUGCAUAAUAAUAUUCUUGAUAAUAGUUAGUAUGUUAUAUAAUAUAUCAACUUAAUUGUAAUUAGGUCCAAGUGUACUGUAUUGAGAGUACUUUUUGAAUGAAUGGGAUGAGCGGUGUACGUUUGAGACUGUGAAUGGAAGGUCGAAUGUGGAUGUCUCCUUUUGCAAUGCUGCGUGUUUUAUGUUGAAUGUGUCUUGGCGAUUGGGGGAUCUGUGCAUCGAUCACCGUUUGAUCCACGUGUCCAUUGGAGAAGAGGGUGACCGAUGGGCAGAUCUGAAGCAGGUGAGAUUUGUGCUCUCGGGUGAGGACUGGCUCGCAUUUGACAGUGAGUUGAUUGAUGGUGUGAAUGACAUCGUUGUUGGUGAAGGGGUUAACGAGUUGGCUAAUUAUCUAACCGCUGUAGUGCUUGGUGCUGCUAGGGCUUCCAUUCCGGUCUGUCGGGGUAGCAAGCAGGUGCCGUGGUGGGGACGCCAGUUGGCUGACUUACAAAAGGCUGUGAAGUAUGCAAGGAGACAGUUCCAGCGAGCAAGAGGGGAGCGGCGCCUCCAUUUGCAGAUGGUUUGGCAUAGCCUUUGGCGGGAAUAUGUGUAUUCAGUGUGUUAGUGGAAUCAGAGACAAGAAAUAUAGUCUGCCACCAACUUAGCCAGAAUAUAUCAACCACGAACUAUAUCAGGACAACAUACUUAAUGAGUAUGUUGUCUAUAAAAGGUUAGACACUCAUGCUUAUCCUUUAUCUAUGGUGGAAUGCAUAGAGGCAGUGGUUUUCAAGAGAGGGGACCCGAAAUCCCUGGGUAACUGUGUAUAAGAGUGUUAUUCGUGGAAAUGUAAGGAACCGAGUGCUUGUUACUGUCCGUAGGGACGUGAGAGUAACUGCUGGUGUGAAUACAUUUUUGUGUGAGCUUCUGCCCGGCUCGAGUUGAUGUUGGAGUGCAGCCUGAUGUUCGUCGAAACUUUGUGUGUGAUGAUGGAUGUGGACCAUGCAUGGGGGUGAGUGGAGUCCUGAGGACCUGGCUGUUGCUGUUUCAAGAAUGAAGUGUGGGACUGCCCCAGAUCUGGAUGAAGUCUCACCUGACUUGGUAUGGCAUACUCGGGGGUGAGUGAAAGAUGUGUAAGCUAUCUGUAUCUGUUCAAUCAAUGCCUGAGCCAGGGAGUGUAUCUGGCAGCUUGGAGGCUUGGUGAAGUGGUCCUCACCUUGCUGAGUGUUUGGAGUAAGGUGAUGGAGUGCCUCAUCGACAUGAGUCUGAGUAGAGCAAUCAAGGCCGCUGAUGGAGGCAUGAGCGGGAGACAGUAUGGCUUUGUUGGUGGCAGAGGUACUGUUGAUGCAGUCAGGCAGGUGAUUGAGUAAUUUGGUGAGUGUGAUUGUAGAUUUGUGUUGGCUGCAUCACUUGUCAUCCGUGGUGAGGAGGGGGGGAUUUGAUUAUGCUUGGUGGCCUGCUAUUAUGUGGCAGCUGAUAAGAUUCCAAUGUCCUCUGGAUGUUGUUAGGUUGGUUCGAGCGUGCCUCACCGGCAGAGUGGUACAAAUGGGUUGUGGAUCAGCAUAUGUGCAACCUAUAUGCCUAUGCCUAUAUGCAAAAUGUCAAGUUAAUCAGUCCAGUAGUUAAGACGUGAUUAUGUGUCAAACAUAAUUUUCCUACUCCGUACGUGUAUAAGCCAGUUCUUUCCUUUAUUAUAUAGUAUAGAUUAUUAUGUUGCUUUGAUCUGUGAUCAGUAUAAAAAUGUACUAAAGGUGCGACUACACAAGCUGAGCCGAACUUCGAACCGCGCAGCAAACUGUGCAUUCCGCCGAACAUCACGCUUUUCAGCGAACAUGAGCAUAUGUUUCAUGAAGUUAAAAAUCAGCUUUUUAACACAUUCGCCGUACCGUACUCUGAACUGUUCACCAUGCCGCUCGCCUCUGUUUAACUGUUUACCGUACCAUACUCCGAUCACUGAACUUUUCAGCCAAUCAGAGUCCUCUAUUACAAUUCGCCGUGCAGUUCGCUCUACAAUUAAUCAACAAUUUCAUCAACUAAUCAUAAACUUACUGAAAUAAAUACUUCAAUUUCCAUGUAUUUAAUUGAUAGAAUUAUAUAAAUCUACAGUGUAGGUCAUAUCUAAAUUCACAAAUAGUUCGAUUGUUGUUGGCAAGAAACAUGUUAUUCAACAUGUUAUUUAUUUAUAUCCUACUUCGGAAUGCACGCUUGCCAAAAUACCCCUCAUUUCAAUAUUAAAAUUUUCGACUGACUGUAUAGUGAGUCAAUCAUUCUUUCAGGACUCGAAUAAUUUUGGGGCUGUAAAUUGAAUAAAAAUGGAAGAGAAUAAUUUAUUUAUGUAAGAAUAUCAGCACCUUUAUGCAAAGCCAUAUUAACUGCAUGUAUAUUCAUAUUGCCGAUACAGCAUUGAUAAAACUGUAUACGUUUAUUUAGCACUUUGUCUCAAAAAACUGUUCUAGCUAAAAAAUUAAUAAUCCAUGCCACAUGUAGGCCUAUACAUUGCAUCAGAAAAACGAAGUUUCAAAACUAUGUUUUUUCUAAACAGAUGUUUUUGAGAUUAUUUCUUUGAUGCAGCAGUUUCACAUUCACCAUAUUAUCAUACAGAGUUUGUGAAAAUAAAAAUAUAAUUAUCAAAACAAUACUAUUCUUGAACCGCCAUUUUUGAACAGCCAUUUUGAAUCCAACUUAAUUUUUUUAAAUUGGAAGGUGGUCAUAUGAUACCGUACAUGAUUUCGAUACAGGAUUUCAAGAGAAAAUAUGGUGAAAACCGAACAUCAAUAUCUCAAACCUACCAAAGUUAUUAUAAUUGAAAGAUACUGAUAAUCCAUCUUCUAUAUUGUAAUGAAGGAAAGAACUGGCUUAUACACGUGUAAAGGAUAGGAAAAUUAUAUUUGACGCAUCAUCACGUCUGAACUACUGGACUGAUUUACUUGAAAUGUUGCAUAUAAAUUCUUAAUCAUCCGAGGAUUCUUAUAGGCCUAUUUUCGAUUCUUCUAGAUUUCAUUAAGUCAAGUUUCAGUUUGUUGAGUUUUAGAAUAGACAUUAAAAUCAGUGGUUUUUUGACAUUUUUUUAGUAUUUUUCAUUCAAUAUGAAUAAUUACCACAAUAUCAACUUCUCAACUACACAAAAAGUUUAGAAUAGACCCUUGCGAAGUGCGGGUUACCUGCUAGUCUCCAAUAUUUAAAAUAACAAAUGCAGUUAACCUUUUCGAAAAAAAAAUUCAUCAAAAAUGUAUUUAUUUAUGGAGACAACAGGUAUAGAACCCAUUUUGCCUCCUUCACACUAUACAAUAAUUUCUAACAUAAUACAAUUUUCACUAAAAAGAAGAUAGAAAAUAUGAGAAAAUAAUAAAUUAUAAAAAUAGCUAGUUAUGAAAUUAUGAGAAUGAAAUAAGAUGAAAAAUAGAAUAAUUAUACAGUCGUAUGUGUCUGUGUAAUGUACUACCACUAGCCGUUAUGAGGAUAGUGAAAUGGAAAGAAAUGCAAGCGCAAAUAACGAAAUGAUGGAUCACAUAAUACAAGACUAAAUCAUAUGAAAUCCUUGAAUUUGGAAAGGGUAAUACCAUUGGUACACUCUGACGCCACUUUUUUUGCGCUAGCCAUCUUGGAUUGACCAUAAUUCAAAUUAUGUCAUUCUAAUUUAUGCAUUUUCUCAUCAUUAUUUACGAAUGAUUAAGUUAUUAUCAAUGGCUACAGUUGAAAAUGAGUAUUCGGACGAAACUGAUAAUACCAAUGUUAUUAUUUAUAUACUUAUAAAACUGGAAUACCACUUACUUCUCACUGAUAACAAUUUGUGUAGGCUACCAUAUGGAUUGCAGUGAUUGGAAUAUAGCUUUCUUAUAGGCCCUAGGUGCUCACUAAGAAAUAAUAUUCUCAGGAUAUUUUUACUUCACGUUACAAUAGUUCUAAAUUAUUCAAAAUAGACCAUAAGCAUUGAUGAAUUGAUACAGUAAUGUUGACAAAAGCCAUAUGAUUUUUUUCAAACUAGUUGAAUGCUUUGUAAUGCUAAUACCAUCUCUACUUGAAGUAUGAUGUAGGAUAAAAGAAAAAGGGAGACUCACCAAAACAUAAAAUAUGUUUCCAACUCUGACGAAAAUCUUUGAGUGUUAUUAAUGCUAGGAUUUACCAAGUCGGUCAAAUAAAAUCUGAUAAUGUUCAAAACAUGCACUGGCUGACACUGGACUGGAGUAAAUCACCCAUAUAGGUGAUUUUGUUUUGUCGAUGGGAUUACAAACCUGUGUUUAUGUCCUCAAUGGAUUCGAACCUGGGCCUUUGAAUCAUAAAGCCAGCAUCUAGUCCAGUCGACUACAGCCACUCCAUAUCAUGUUUAAGAUUCAACAUACUUCUGUGCAACUGGGCAUAUGUGUUAUUCAAUCAGGAACAUAUGUGUAGUUUGUACUGUAAUCUUGACUCACCUUACAUACUCCAAAAUAAUUGAAAAUGCUUCGAUUCUGCAUGGUACAGUAUAGCCUACAUUUAAAACAUUGUAAUAUAAAAUUAAAAAAACACCACAAUUAUUGCAGAUUUACAAUAAAAAGUAUUUGACUACUAUGAAUUGAUUCAUUGAAGAUGUCAUUCUCAUCAGAAAUUGUCAAAUUUGAUUUAAAAGCUUUACUAAAAAAAGGUUUUACAGAAUAAAUGAGUGAAUCAGCUCCCCUAUAAAAAAUGAGAGGCUAUUCAAAAUUCAUUACAAAUUAAUAAUUCAUUAUAAUCAAACAAGGCUUGGCCGAGCUAUAAUGUUGAUACAUUUGAAUUAUAUACUUCUAUAGCUUGGCCUUGGUUUAUGCAUACUUAUUGCAAAGACAGACAGACAAAUGCCAAAUAAUGCUCCACUUGAAACAAAUCUGUUACUUCUCAGUCAAUUACUGUUUAUUCAUCUUAUAUGUUUAUUAUUUGUUCUAUGUAAUAUUAUAAUAUUAGUAUGUAUAUUAAUAGUAAUAUAUUAAUAUUAGUUAUCUUUGAAAACUAAUAAAUACCCCACGAAAUGGAAAACUGCCUGUAUAACACCAGUUUUCAAAUCAGGUCAACCAAAUAUAAUUUCCAAUUUUCGACCUAUUUCUACUUUGGACUCUCCUGAUAAGGUCCUUGAAUCUGCUCUAUACAGAAUAGUUUUUGAUCAUGUGAAGCAUGUAAUAACCCCUUUUCAACAUGGCUUCAUGCCCAGUAGAUCAACUGUGAGUAAUUUGCUGACUUUCACACAGUUUGUUUCCUCUCACCUUGACAUGCAAGGUCGUGUAGAUGUAAUAUAUUUAGAUUUCAAGAAAGCAUUUGAUUCAGUUAAUUCUAAUGUAUUAUUAGAUAAAUUAAUUACGUACGAGUUUUCACCUGACUUAAUUGAAUUAUUUCGUAGCUAUUUGGUUGAUAGAGUUUCUCAAGUGAAGUACAAUAAUCACACAUCUGAAAGCUAUGAUAACCCCACCGGAGUCCCACAAGGAUCUAAUCUUGGACCUCUUUUGUUUCUUCUUUUAAUUAAUGAUCUCCCUGAUUGCAUUAAAGAAUCUGAAAUCCUGAUAUUUGCAGAUGAUGUAAAACUUUACAGGUCAAUAAAAAGCAUUGAUGAUUGUGUCAGAUUGUAGGACGAUCUUGAUCGAGUUAACCUUUGGUGUUGUCAGAACAGACUCAAGUUGAAUGUAUCUAAAACUAAAUUCAUGGUGUAUACAAGUCAGAUAAAUUUUCAGCACCAUUUAUAUACAUUGGGAGGUGACAAUCUUGAGUGUGUUAAUAACAUCCGAGAUCUUGGAGUUAUCAUGGACCCAAGGCUUGAUUUCAAGAACCACAUUAACUAUACCCUAGGUAGUGCUAAUGAAUUACUGGGUUUUAUAUUUCGCAAUACCAAACCAUUCACUAAUUGUGAUGUUAGUUUAAGAAUAUUCAAUGCACUAGUUCGCAGUAAACUUGAAUAUGCUGCAGUAGUUUGGGGGCCUUAUAAUGUGACAGACAUUCAUGAAAUUGAAAAAAUUCAAAAUAGAAUUCUGAGACAUUUAUACAUAAAAAAAUUUAAUUGCUUUUGUCCCUUUAAUUUUCCAACUAGUGAGUUAAGAUUGAUAUUUAAAGUGCACUCUCUAGAAUUACGCAGAUCUGUAAAUGCUCUAUUGCUAUUAUUCAACAUUUUAAAUCAUAAAGUUCAUAUUCCAUCAUUCAUAAAUUUAUUGAAUUUCAAUGUACCUUAUGCUAGGCCUAGAAAAAAUAUAUUGUUCAACAUCCCUUUUGUGAGAACUACUCAUCACUAUAAUUCAUUUCUUAUUAAAAGUCUAAGAUUAUAUAAUACUUUGAAUGAACAUAUAGAUCCGUUUUCGAACUCAUUUAAUGUCUUUAAGAAAAAUUGUGAAAUGAAUUUAUCUUGUAGCUCGUUUGAGUCAUGAAAUGUUAUGAGCUCUGACUGAAACUCUUUUUGUUUUCUUUAUCUUUAUUAUUAAUUUUUAUUAUUAUUUCAAUUUUUGAUUUACUUUUUAUCUUAUUCUCUUCUUUAUUUUUUUCCAUAAUAUUUUUCAUCUUUUAAGUUUUUAUUAUUAUGUAGUAUGGUUAUCUAUUAAUUGUGUAAAAAAGGCUCUUCAUGGUAUUGUCUGUGAGCCUUUAUAUGUAUAUGUAUAUCAAUAAAUAAAUAAAUAAAUAAUAUGUCAUAACUACUGUUUGAAGCUCUCUGUAAUAGAAUGAAUUCAUGCACAAUGAAUAACAUGAUUCUAUGAAUAGAUUAUUGGUUAAAUGAUUGAUAAACAGAAAAUGAAAAUUUAGUAUAAAUAAUAUGACUAUGAAUGGUAUAGUAUCACUACUGUGACACUGAACUUUAUAUUUGUUAAUGGGAAUGUACCUAUAUCAACUCAAGCUCACGGCUUUGGCCAUGCCUAAGAAUUUUUUAUUGUGUUACUUUUGAAUUACUUGGAUGGAACUUGUAUUUAAUUUGUAUUGUAUGCUUGAACUGGACAGUAUAAUUAUUUAUCCAUCGA